CCUCCAUUUGAAUUGAACUGGAAGUGAAAAGUAUGGAAGUUAUAUACACGCAACUUUUUUGUCAACGCUCAUACACAGAAUUGCGUUUGAGGAACGCUUUUCUGUGAGAUGCGGUUGCUGUUGACUUUGGACUAUUCCGAAAUGAUCAGGCUUCAACUAAACCGCAACAACCCAGCACGGGAACGAGUCUGGACCACCACUUGCCUGCAAUGCCCAGUCAUAAUAAUUGUAUUUCGUGAAUUCCGAAACUACCCCUGCUCGAGCCGAAGAUUCUCAUGCCCUACCACCCCCAACACACAAGCGUAUCAAUCCUCGUGAACCCAAUUCCUCUUUCUCCAAUCUCCAUCUGGAUCUGGUUCUUCUCUUCGUGUCCUGAUUCCAUCGAAGCUGAAACGAUUCGAAUUUUCCACUCUGUUUUUUUUUCUGUCUCGCUGCGUUUGUGUUUUCUUGAAGAUGACAUCUGCUGAUCACCGUGACGCUGUUUUCUCUGUUGAAUCGCCGGAGCUAGAGGAAGACGGCAGCGCUGGCGGCGGAGGAGGAGGUGGAGGAGGAGGAGAGACUGAUUCCGACGAGGAUUUACGAGAGAACGAAGAUGUGGUUAUGCCUGAAGAGCCAAACGAGGCAGACGACGACGAUCCCGAAUACGAAGAUCUGAAUUCUCCGUCUAUGGUUUCUGCUGUUUCCACAGCUCCGCUGGUUUCCGCGGCGGAGAAAUCAUCCUCGACGGGCACCGUAACCGUCGCUCUUCCUGCCGGAUCCGCCGUACCUGUGGCCGCGAUUCCCGUAGAUUCCGAUCCGAAAUGGCAUCGCAUGACGGAGAUCGUCCAUCAGAGACCACCGAUUGACGACUCAAGACGGCUUUUCCAGAGGCUAUGGACCGAUGAGGACGAGAUCGAGCUCCUCCGUGGCUUCCUCGACUACAUCACGAGCCACCGUGGUAGCAGCUCGCAUCCGCCUGACACGGCGCCGUUUUACGAGCAGAUAAAGUCGAAGCUUCAGCUUGAUUUCAACAAGAACCAGCUUGUGGAGAAGCUCCGGCGGCUGAAGAAGAAGUACCGGAACGUGAUGAGCAAGAUCAGCUCAGGUAAAGAGGUGUUCUUUAAAAGCCCUCAUGAUCAAGCCACUUUCGACAUCUCUAGGAAAAUCUGGAAUCAAACUGGGAAAAUCAUAGGGUUUGAAGAUAACACCGUGAUGGAUUUCGAGGAAACCAACAACCACCACCAUGUUAAUAACAACAACACCAAUGGUAGCUCAGGUUUCAACAUCCCCAUUGCUAAUGUGGACUUCGAUUCUGAAAACGGCUUGGAGAAGAAAGUGACAAUGAGUAGCAGUGGUGGGUCGAGAAAACGAUCACGAUCGAGGAUAGGGAAGAUCGAUGAAGACAAGCCCAUUAAUCCGUGUGACGGGCCAGCGCCAAAUGCAGCUACAAAUGUUAACCUCAACGAGAAUGUGGCUGCCAUUGGUGAGUUUGGUGAGGGAAGGAAUCUAGGAGGGUUGAUAGAAGAGACGGUGAGGAACUGUGUGUCGCCUCUGAUUAAAGAGAUGAUGAAUGGUACAACGGGAAUGAUGAUGGCUGCGGUAGGAGGGUUCCCAGGAGGUGGUGGUCAUGCUCUAGGUGUGUUAAGCCCAACGCUAAUGCCGUCACUGAAUCUAGGGUUUGGUGGAGGAGGAGGAGGUAAGGGAGUAGCGGAUGAACGGUGGAGGAGACAGCAGAUUCUUGAGUUGGAAGUGUACUCGAGGAGAUUAGAUUUGGUUCAGGAGCAGAUUAGAGCCACUGUGAAUGAGUUGAAGACAAUGCCCAAUGGAGGAUGAUGCAUAAGGAAGACUUGUAAUGGGUUCUUGUAAGAUCUAAGUUAUGAGCUAGAUGAAGAAGAAGGAAGAAGAACAUGAAGAUGUCUGUCUUGUGGUGAGGUAUAGUUUAGCCAGCUAUGAACUAAUAAUCUGAGUAUUAAAUUUCUGAUGGUGAUGAAAUCUUUUUAGGUAUUUUUUAGAGUUUUUAUCUUUUUUGUUGAUUGGAUCUUUAUGAUUUUGUCCAUUAGGGGUGAGUGAUAGUGGGGUUGUGCAUAACCUUUGUAUUAGUCCAUUAGAUUAUAGUUUUUUCGUAGAGUUAGUAGUUCAAUAAUAUAUAAACUGUCUGAGCUACUUAUUAUAUAUAUAAAAAAGAAGAAGCAAAUAAUGUUUGUGUGUGUUAUGUAGACAUGUGAAGUAGAGAAUCUUUGGUGUGAUGUCUUCUCUCAUUACAUGCUGCAAUUGUUAUUACAAGAACGCAUUGUUAUAUUUAUGUGAUUAUCAACUAUAGAUGUAUGAGUUUAGCUGUAUGGAAAUUUGUGCUCUUUUUAUUUUACUUCCGAGAAGAUUUUUUUAGUGGUUUGUAAAGCAUAUGCGCAUCUUGGGUUAAGCUUAUAAAGACAAGUGUUAGAUGUUUUAUCUUCACAUUGAAGAAAAAAUGAAAA